AUGGACAACUCCGGGCUGGUGUCGGGUUCGGUCAGAGGGAACCUCACCUUCGAGGGGGCGGACGAUGUCAUGUACAGCCUCUACUGGAGCCGCCUGCCCGAAACAGACGAGGGAGCUUGCACCCUGGCUUCCGACAACACCUCUCUUCGCGAGAACCCCAACUGCUUGUUUUGGUCGGCGUGCGGGAUAGGGAACGCUGCCGACGGCCACACAGACUGGGUGGCCCUCGAGGCGAACACUGGCCAUGUGUUCGAGGUCGCCGUUGACGACGACUCGUCGUACCUGUUCAACGUCGCUAUGGUCGACUCCCGAAAUAUCACCUCCGUCUACUCCGGCACCAAUGUGUCUUUCACUUCCACGGACUACCAAGAUUGUGUUGCCGACCCGGACUGCACAUCGCAGCUGAACGAGGACUCGACAAUCAUCGCGAUCGCCGCCGCCGCCGUUACGGCGCUAGCCCUGCUCAUCGCGGGUAUGACGCUCCUGCACAAGUCAAUCGCGAACAUCAUGCGAGAGACCGUGACCAGUCGCAGUAAACUCUACGCCAGCGGGACUCGCGCCCUUGUCAGCAACAAGCGCUCCAAGGACGGAACAGUGCACAUCGACGACUCAACGCCCAUGGCAUCUCCUGCCCAGCCCUACAAAGGGGGGUCCUCGUCACCCUUCAAGGAAGCGCGACAAGAACAGGAGGAAGGCAGCGCAGACUCGCGGUUGCUGGCAGGGCAGCCCGAAAAAACUCCGAAUCGACGGUCUCCGAAGCGGAGCUCCGUAGGGUCAAGCCGUCCGCCGAAAUCACCCGGCAGGCCCGACGACGACACGAGCGACCACGAAGAGGGUGACAGCAGUGACGCCGGUGGCCCUGGCGGUAGGAAGCGCUCGGUAGCGUCCAGCCCGCGCGCACGAAAGAAGCGCGGCGGAGGCAGUCAGAGAGCUGAAAAGGACAGCGACGAAGAUCAAGACCAUUCCCGCUCGGCGCCUCGGUCCGACCUCGACAACAACGGGCGCGUUGACGGCGAGGGGAAGCGGUGGCGGACGCCGGUGCCGGGCCGCUCCAGCUUCUCCGGCGGCACGAGGACGCACAAGUCGCCGCCCGCAUCCCCGAGUUCCCGCAGGGAGUCCGCCCGUGGCCGGGGGGCAUCCCCCAAAGCGUCCCGCAAGGGCUACGACGACGACGGCAGCGACGACGGUGGCGACAACGAGGGCGGGCGGGGCGCAGGGGCACGGGGCCGCGCGGCCGGGGGUAAGGGCGGUUGGGAGCAGCAGGUGGCCCGGUCAAGCGCCAUGCAGAGCAAGCCGCGACGGAGAAACCGGAAGGGUUACGAAAGACGUGAUACGGACGAGGAAGACGAAGGAUGA